AUGUCCCAUGCCCUCAGGCCGUCAUCAGUCACACACACCGCCACACUCCCCACUGCCACAAGCAGACAACCCUUGCCACCCGCAUCUGGCCCAGUCAAAUUCGCUUCAGCUGCUGCUGCUGCUGCUGCUUCCGCAGCUUCCGCUGCUGCUGCUGCUGCUGGUGAUGGCGAUGGCAAGGAGGACGACGACGAUUGUGGCAGUAGCGACGACGUGGACGACACGGCUCAUUUCUUCCCACCCCUCCCUUUGCCUCUCCCUUUGCCUCCCUCUUCUCCCCCCUCUUCUCCUGCCAUUUCCCCUCCUGCUGAGAUUCCUGCAACGGGGAUGUCGUCCAGCACUGCCAUCUCCCACGUCUCUGCGACCCUCGCCUCGCUGAGACUAGCUUCGACAAACGCACGUGUCCAGUCGUUCAGGCAAUCUUCUUUCGUGCGUUCGGCCGCGCUGAAGCAGCGCCUGGGCGCCAACGUUGCCGCUGGAUCGAGAGUCUCCGCGUGGUUCAAAUUCGGGAAGAACGGCCUCGAUGCGGAGUCGUCGGGUAUCUACGGCAGUCAAGGACGGGACGAUUUCGACAGAGACGACGUUGAACACUACUACAACUACAUGGGUAUGCUGGCAGUGGAGGGCACGUACGAUAAGAUGGAGAAGCUCCUGAACACAGGCAUUCACCCUGUGGACCUUCUCCUCAUGAUGGCCGCUUCUGAGGGUGAUAGGCCAAAGAUCCAAGAGUUGCUUCGUGCUGGUGCAAACGGCAAUGUGAAGGAUAUGGACGGCAGGACUGCACUUGACAGGGCAGCUGAUGACGAGAUAAGGCAGCUUAUCGCCGAUGGCGCCGAGCAAUUGGCCUAA